AUGAAGCUCCAGGUGUUCUGGACUGGGCUGGAGUAUACCUGCCGGCUCUUGGGUAUCACUACGGCUGCAGUGUUGAUCGGAGUGGGCACCGAGACCUUCCUCCGAGGGCAGUUCAAGAGCCUGGCCUUCUAUCUGCUGUUUACGGGAGUCACCAUCUCCGUGUGUGAAGGGACCUACUUUAUGGCGCAACUGUUGGCCAUCUGCUUCAAGUGUCAGCCAGGGUCUCUGGCACACAGAGCAAGGGAGAAGGCCCACUGGCUAGGCUGCUUCCAGAAGUUCCUAGCCUACAUGCUGCUGUCUGUGGCCUGCUUCCUCCACCCUGUCCUGGUCUGGCAUGUGACCAUUCCAGGCUCCAUGCUAAUCAUCACUGGCCUGGCCUACUUCCUGCUGAGCAAGCGGAAGAAAAGAAAGGCUGCCCCAGAGGUGCUGGCCCCCACAGAACAAUACACAGACCCCUCCAGCAGCACUGUGAGCACCACAGGCUCUGGGAACACUGAGCAAACUUAUACUUUCCACGGGGCCCUCAGGGAGGGGCCUGGCUCAUUCUUCAACCACAUGAAAAGCAUCAUGAAGGGGACCAAGAAGCCACAUGUCCCACAGCCCCAAGAUACCCUAAUGGAACUGGCGCUUGAGCCAGCUGACUCCUUGGCCAAGAAGAAGCAGGUCCACUUUGAAGACAGCACGGUCAGAAUCAUCCCAUCCAUCACUGAAGGUCCAGGUGAUAGUGACAGCGGGCCAGAGGAAACUGCCUCUGACACGACCCCCAUCAUCUCCUCCACCCGGACCCCACUCUUUCUGCCUUCUCUCAUGGGCGCUGACCUGUGCUGAGCUUCUCAGCUAGAGG